ACAAACAUGGCCGCGUUAUAGUGGCUCGGAGCCCCACAAAUCGAAAGAAAGAAGUUCACUUUUUGUUGGUACACUUUGGGACUGCACAACCACUCAAAGUGUUAAAUAUUGGGAGCUGAAACGAAUAAAUCUAUCGGUGCGGCGUUUUUGGGCGAUAAUGAAUUGUCGCAACAACCAACGUUUUACGGCAGUGGAGUUUCAGUUUGAUUGGACGCUUUGUGCCGUAAACAGUGUCGGUUAAAGAACACAUGGGACGGAGCUGAGGUAGCGUGUACAUCUGAAAUACAGACAUUAGGAUGGAAACUCAAUCAAAAAAAACCUUUUCUCCUAAAAAUGGGAAGAAGUUCAUGCAGAAAGGAAAAGGUAAAGAUUCCACAGGGACCAAAUUUGGUGGAAAACCGGGCAGCAAAAAGCCCUUCAAACAGUACAACAAUGCAGAGAGGAAGAGCCGACCGGGGAAGGGCCGGGAUGGCGGCAAGAAACAAACAAAGUUUUCUUUCUCUAAAGGAGGGAAGAGGAAACUGACAGGUGCUAAAGAUGAAGGAGGAGAGGGUGAAGGUCCUGGGGCUAAGAAGGUGAAGAAGGAUGGGUUUAAAUCAAAUGAGAAGCUCACAAAGGAGGAGCUGAAGAAGAACAGGCAACAGAGAAAGAAGGACCUGAAGAGGAGUCGACAGGAAGCUGAGAGGAAGGACAUGUAUGAGAUCAUCAAUCAGUCCAAACAUAUGUGGGGAGACCUCAGGAGGAAGAACUGCGAGAAAGACCUGAAGAAGAAACGGCUGAGAGAGCUUCGUGAUCUGAUCCAUGGAAAAGUCAAACAGAUGGCGUUUGCUCACGACGCCGUGCGAGUGCUGCAGUGCUACAUUCAGUUCAGCAACCACGAGCAGAGGCAGGAAGUGUUUGAGGAGCUCAAAGAUGACAUCCUGAGUUUGAGCAAGUCACAGUACGGCAGACAUGUGGUGAAAAAGCUGCUGAUGUACGGGAACAAAGAGCUGGUGGCAGCAGUGAUUAACAGGUUUAAAGGUCACGUGCGACAGAUGCUCCGGCACGCCGCUGCCUCGUCCAUCAUCGAGUAUGCGUACAAUGACAAAGCGGUGCUCGCACAGAGGCUCAUCCUUACAGAUGAGCUAUACGGCAACACCUACACUGUCUGCAAGUCAUACGAGUUCAACACCCUUGAGAAAGUUGUAAGGACGAACCCGGACAAGCUGAACAACAUCAUGGACGAGAUGAAGCAGAUUCUCACACCCAUGGCCCAGAAGGAACAAGUGAUCAAACACUCUCUAGUCCACAAAGUCUUCCUGGAUUUCUUCCAGUGUGCUCCUGAGAAACAGAGAACGGAGAUGAUCGAGUCCAUCAGACAGUCUGUCGUCUACAUGGCCCACACUCACGACGGAGCCCGAGUGGCGAUGAACUGCUUGUGGCACGGCACAGCCAAGGACCGAAAAGUCAUCAUAAAAACUAUGAAGACCUACAUGGUGAAAUUUGCCAUGGGGGAGUUUGCUCACCUGGUUCUUUUGGCCAUAUUCGACUGUGUGGACGACACCAAGCUGGUCAAACAGGCUGUGCUCUCAGAGAUCCUAGAAUCUCUGGAUGAGGUCGUAGGUAACAAGUACGGUAAAAAGGUCCUGGUGUACCUGCUGAGCCCCAGAGACCCGGCUCACCUGGUGCCGGAGAUCAUCAAGGUGUUGGAGCAGGGAGACGGAAACGCACACAGUAAAAAGGACACAGCAACUCGGAGGAAGGAGCUGCUGGAAGUUGUCUCCCCACCGCUGCUGGAGUACCUGUGUAACAACGCAGCUGCCAUGGCGAUGGACAAGGCAACCAGCGUCACCAUCAGCGACAUCUUGGCGUCGGCCUGUGGGGACCUGCGGCCCGCCAUGACGGCUGUGGCUCAGCUGGCCAAUCAGGAGUUGGUACCAGGAGGGAUUAAAGGCGAGCUUCACAUGGCAGAGCAUCCAGCAGGACACCUGGUGCUGAAGUGGCUCAUAGAGCAGGACGUCACGCUGGCAGAGGCCGGCAAGGAAGAGCGAUUUGGGAGGAUCCUCGUGGACACAGUAGGAACAAAUAAGAUGAAGAGCUGGGCCAAAGUCAACAGAGGAGCCAUGGUGCUCUGCAGUUUGCUGAACAGCUGUGACAAGUCUGUGGCUGCGGAGGUGAAGGCGGUGCUGGAGUCCAUCAGGUCGGAGCUUAGCAGCAUCAGCAACAACAAAGGCGUGGAAAUCCUGCUGGAGAAUCUGAACAAGUAGACCUUUUUCUUCCAAACAAACUGCUGAUGUUUAACCCAUCGCUGCCUCUGUGGCACCAACACCUGCAUGACUGUGAGCGAUUGAAGCAGAAAAUGGGAACAUUUUUCAGGAAGUGGAUACAACCUGACACACUGCUGUGUAAUUACAGUGGAUGGAAAUUUUUUUGGAAUCUGGGAAAUUAGGAAAAGUGUUUGGAAAAAUGGUCACCGCUACAAGAAAACAGAUUACAAACAUGGAAGAACAGCUGGCAGUUCAAAAGUCAACGGACAGCACACACAAAUUCUCAGAUAAUCAGUUUCGAGUCCAUUACUGUCUUUGAAACUCAGCACUUCAUAAUUUACAUUAAACAAAUCUGGACAAAGUGAUGGGUUUCAUGGACAGAAGCUAAAAUGUUUAGAUACAGAGCUGAUUAGUGAAUGGGAAACAGCCUCUGUCUGCGAUUGAUGAGCUUAGCAUGACUGAAUGAAUCAUGACGAGAUCUUCAAGAAAUGAACAGAGGUCUCUUAUACUUACUGUAAUUAUAAGAGAAAAUCCUGCUUAUUUUAUGCUUGGGGUCUUCUCCAGUUGACUUGAUUUUAAAAUCUAUGUUCAGGCCAACUGAACAUGCAACUCUGCAGGUCAUUAAAAGCACAGAAAAGGUGUGACAAGUAAAACCAUGUGCAUAACAUGACAAAGCCCAAAGUUUUUUGGUAAUUUGUGUGAACUAGGAUUCAUCUGGUCAGCCUUCAGAUUUGUUUUGUAAGAUUUUAUGUUGUAAGCAUCAGCUACAAAGUUACUGUGUUUGCAAAAUAAAGACUACUGUGACAAUUAU